GCCCACCCUUACCCUGAGAUUGUGCCCCUGGCCCUGGAUACCACAGCCAGGAGAAACCUCCUCCCUGUGUCCAGUCUAUCAAGCCUGGUAGAAUUUCACAAGUUUCUGCAAGAUCGCUCAGUCUUUUGAUCAACAAGAAUAGAGGGCAGCUUUACUCUAUUUCUCCUCAUGUGACAAACCCGUGUAAACCUGAAACUUGGACUCUGUUUCUCUCUCCAUAGACGCUGCCUGAUCCCACGAGCACUUCCCUGAAACAAGUUUGGAGAAUCUUCAAUGGACUCUAUAGAAAGUGCACCUUUAUUAGGUACCCACGGUGAUCACACACUGACUGUACUUGAAACACACGGUGCCAGGACAACAAGAGGAUCGUCAGAGCCAAAGAAGUGACCAGCCCUGUGAUCCCAGGAUAGACUUCCAGCACCCCAACACAUCACAACUUGGUCAUCUGGGCUCUGUGAAAUAUCCCGGGACAGGAGACCGGACAACUCAAUAAAUCCUGGGCCAGUAUCCAGGCACCGUGCUAUAUUGUGGAAUAGGAGCCCAGGCCUCAAGGUAGAUACUGGGACAGAAACGUACAACUGGUGAAGAUUCACCAAACUGCAAUAUAUAAGACAGGAGCCCUGACAUCCUGGGAAUUCCAGGAUAAGAACCACUACUCUGGGAAAGAGCAUACAGAUCCCAGGAAAUACAUUCACCCAGUCAGUGGGAAUGGCGAGUGUUUCAUCAACUGUAAAUAGCUGGUCUGAAAACCUGAACACUCCACAACUUGUGAGGGAUUUGGGUUUACAGGAUUAUUAUCCUCACAAACUGUCACUGACAUCCAUGCGGGAGGUAUCCUGGGGUAAACUGGACGACAGCAAACCAACUCGACCAGAAGAUCUUCCUUGGCGAUUUCUCCAAAUGAUCCUCUCAGCUAAUUCACUUGUGAGGAAUCCUGAAUGGCCCCCUGCUCAGUACACAGACGGUUACAACAGUAAAAAUCAAGACUUCAGUGAUUUCUUUGAAGUGAAAAAGCCAGGAGAUUCUGGGAUUAACCCUCUGGAUAUCAUUGCUGCCAUUUUCCUCUGUGCCGACCACUCUCUCCAGCAGGAACUGAUGCUGAAGAUGUCUCUGUGCCAACUUGCAUUACCAUUUCUGCUGCCGGAAGGGCACAGUUACCCCAGGGACAAGGUGAGGGGACCCAUGGAAGGGUCUGGUGCCACCCUUCUCCUCUGGGCCAUGAGGCCCAUUGUUAAAAUGUGGUGCCCACAAUCUCCCACAGGGAGCAGCCGCGUUGUGGAGAUGGCCAUCGUGACAGCAACCAUGCCAACUGUCUCCUUCCUCAGACUCGGAAGGUGCACGAUGUCCAAAUCCAAACUCCUCAAUCUCACCUUGAGCAAGACCCAGCUGCAGCAGAACAUCUUCCUGCACUCCGGGAUGAAAUGUGGGAAUGUGCCCCGUGGGAUAUCGGAUGGGAUGGCUGAGAUCAGCUGGUAUCUACCUUCUGGGAAGAGCAACACGGACAUUUUCCCGGAGGCUGCUGCAUUCAUCAACCUCCGAGGUGAUGCCGAAACUUACCAGGGACACACUCGGUUUCUGGCAAAAGUCUCUGCUGCUCUCUUUAUUUUCAUUGACGUUAUCGGUGAGAAGGAAAGAGAAUUCCUCACCUCUCUCGCACAGUCACCGGCAAAACUCUUUCUGAUAGUGAACACUCACAUCAGUGAGCACCACAUCACCCCUGAGCAGGUAAAGAAACUGUUCAAAGAUCUGAAGUUACAACCUCAACAAUGCAUUGUUCGGACAAAUGUAAAAGAGGCCAAACUUGUGAAAAAACUUCGAUCUCAGAUAAAACAAGUGAUUCUAAUGAGUGACAGGGACCAGAGCUUCCUGAGUCUGGAACAAAUGGGUGACAUUGCGAGAGAACGUGGGAUUCAGGUCGAUGAACAUCAGCCUGAAAUACAACGGGACAAGGACCUGACGUCCAAACCACAGAGAGAGGCCGACCCUGGACACGGCAGGGAAUCAGAGCAUCCAUCUCACCGGCAUUCAACAGGUCUCCGAGAGGAAAUGAUUGAUGAUCCACCAGUUGGAAAUAACCAAUCUGAAAAUCGGAGCCCCCUACAACUUGUGAGGGAUUUGGGUUUACAGGAUCAUUAUCCUCACAAACUGUCACUGACGUCCAUGCGGGAGGUAUCCUGGGGUAAACUGUACGACAGCAAACCAACUCGACCCGAAGAUCUUCCUUGGCGAUUUCUCCAAAUGAUCCUCUCAACUAAUUCACUGGCGAGGAAUCCUGAAUGGCCCCCUGCUCAGUCUUCAAAAGACAACAAAGAUGACAAAGAGGAAUUUGGCCAUUUCUUUCAAGCACGAAGGCCAGGAAAUUCUCGUAUUAACCCUCUGGAUAUCAUUUUUGCCAUUUUCCUCUGUGCCGACUACUCUCUCCAGCAGGAACUGAUGCUGAAGAUGUCUCUGUGCCAACUUGCAUUACCCUUUCUACUGCCGGAAGGGCACAGUUACCCCAGGGACAAGGUGAGGGGACCCAUGGAAGGACCUGGUGCCACCCUUCUCCUCUGGGCCAUGAGGCCCAUUGUUAAAAUGUGGUGCCCACAAUCUCCCACAGGGAGCAGCCGCGUUGUGGAGAUGGCCAUCGUGACAGCAACCAUGCCAACUGUCUCCUUCCUCAGACUCGGAAGGUGCACGAUGUCCAAAUCCAAACUCCUCAAUCUCACCUUGAGCAAGACCCAGCUGCAGCAGAACAUCUUCCUGCACUCCGGGAUGAAAUGUGGGAAUGUGCCCCGUGGGAUAUCGGAUGGGAUGGCUGAGAUCAGCUGGUAUCUACCUUCUGGGAAGAGCAACACGGACAUUUUCCCGGAGGCUGCUGCAUUCAUCAACCUCCGAGGUGAUGCCGAAACUUACCAGGGACACACUCGGUUUCUGGCAAAAGUCUCUGCUGCUCUCUUUAUUUUCAUUGACGUUAUCGGUGAGAAGGAAAGAGAAUUCCUCACCUUUCUCGCACAGUCACCGGCAAAACUCUUUCUGAUAGUGAACACUAACACCAGUGAGCAACACAUCACCCCUGAGCAGGUAAAGAAACUGUUCAAAGAUCUGAAGUUACAACCUCAACAAUGCAUUGUUCGGACAAAUGUAAAAGAGGCCAAACUUGUGAAAAAACUUCGAUCUCAGAUAAAACAAGUGAUUCUAAUGAGUGACAGGGACCAGAGCUUCCUGAGUCUGGAACAAAUGGGUGACAUUGCGAGAGAACGUGGGAUUCAGGUCGAUGAACAUCAGCCUGAAAUACAACGGGACAAGGACCUGACGUCCAAACCACAGAGAGAGGCCGACCCUGGACACGGCAGGGAAUCAGAGCAUCCAUCUCACCGGCAUUCAACAGGUCUCCGAGAGGAAAUGAUUGAUGAUCCACCAGUUGGAAAUAACCAAUCUGAAAAUCGGAGCCCCCUACAACUUGUGAGGGAUUUGGGUUUACAGGAUCAUUAUCCUCACAAACUGUCACUGACGUCCAUGCGGGAGGUAUCCUGGGGUAAACUGUACGACAGCAAACCAACUCGACCCGAAGAUCUUCCUUGGCGAUUUCUCCAAAUGAUCCUCUCAACUAAUUCACUGGCGAGGAAUCCUGAAUGGCCCCCUGCUCAGUCUUCAAAAGACAACAAAGAUGACAAAGAGGAAUUUGGCCAUUUCUUUCAAGCACGAAGGCCAGGAAAUUCUCGUAUUAACCCUCUGGAUAUCAUUUUUGCCAUUUUCCUCUGUGCCGACUACUCUCUCCAGCAGGAACUGAUGCUGAAGAUGUCUCUGUGCCAACUUGCAUUACCCUUUCUACUGCCGGAAGGGCACAGUUACCCCAGGGACAAGGUGAGGGGACCCAUGGAAGGACCUGGUGCCACCCUUCUCCUCUGGGCCAUGAGGCCCAUUGUUAAAAUGUGGUGCCCACAAUCUCCCACAGGGAACAGCCCUGUUGUGGAGAUGCCCAUCGUGACAGCACCCAUGAAAACUGUCUCCUUCCUCAGACUCGGAAGAUGCACGAUGUCCAAAUCCAAACUCCUCAAUCUCACCUUGAGCCAGACCCAGCUGCAGCAGAACAUCUUCCUGCACUCCGGGAUGAAAUGUGGGAAUGUGCCCCGUGGGAUAUCGGAUGGGAUGGCUGAGAUCAGCUGGUAUCUACCUUCUGGGAAGAGCAACACGGACAUUUUCCCGGAGGCUGCUGCAUUCAUCAACCUCCGAGGUGAUGCCGAAACUUACCAGGGACACACUCGGUUUCUGGCAAAAGUCUCUGCUGCUCUCUUUAUUUUCAUUGACGUUAUCGGUGAGAAGGAAAGAGAAUUCCUCACCUCUCUCGCACAGUCACCGGCAAAACUCUUUCUGAUAGUGAACACUUACAUCAGUGAGCAACACAUCACCCCUGAACAGGUAAAGAAACUGUUCAAAGAUCUGAAGUUACCACCUCAACAAUGCAUUGUUCGGACAAAUGUAAACGAGGCCGAACUUGUGGAAGAAAUUCGUUCUCAGAUACAACAAGUGAUUCCCAUGAGUGGCAGGGACCCGAGAUUCCUGAGUCUGGAACAAAUGGGUGACAUUGCGAGAGAAAGGGGGAUUCAGGUCGAUGAACAUCAGCCUGAAAUACAACGGGACAAGGACCUGACCAAAAUACUGGGCAGUCUUGACCCUGCAGACAUCACUGGGUAUAAAAAGAGAGUGCUGCCCUUUCAUGGAGAGCCCUGGCAAGGGCUGUCUAAAGUUGAGAAAGAGAAGUCUCGGAUGAAACUCCGUGGGGACAGAACCACAGAGAAGUAUAACCACAAGCUGGACCAAGACAAGAAAAGAAUCCGGGAAGCUCAGCUCAGACAGAGCCUGUCGGUGGAGAUGGAGAUAUUCAUUGACCACCUCACCUGUCCUGGUGGGGAUGACAGGGCCAUUUUCUUGCAGUGGCUGAAGCUGAUGCUGGACAGUAAAUCAAGGGAAAUCAUGGCAGGAUUGCGCAGGGUUUAUAAAAAACUGAGCAAAGACUCAAUGCAGAAUGUCAAGGAGCUGAAGGACAUGGAUCAGAAGAUGACUGAUAGUUCCCUGGGACUUGAGCACUUCAUGAGGGAACUGGGUCAGGUUUAUGAACUCUCAGUGACACAACACAACAUCAAGCAACAAACACAGAUCCACCCACAUGUGCUUCAGUUACCAGGUGUUGCUGCUGAACUGUUGCUGGAUGGGUUCCCACUGGAGCUCAUUGAUGGAGACGUCUCCAACGUUCCUGUUUCAUGGAUCACUGCUGUACUGGAAGCAGUGGCCGAGAAGGUGGGACGUGCUUCCAGAGUGUUUGUGCUGACAGUGAUUGGAGUUCAGAGCACAGGCAAGUCCACGCUCCUCAAUACAAUGUUCUGUUUGCGGUUUGCUGUGAGCAGCGGCCGAUGUACUCGAGGGGCCUACAUGCAGCUGAUGAAGGUCACAGGGAGCCUGGCGGAGGAGCUGGGCUGUGACUUCAUCCUGGUCAUUGACACGGAGGGGCUGAGAGCUCCAGAACUUGCAACACUAACAGACAGCUACGAACACGACAAUGAGCUGGCAACAUUCGUGGUGGGAUUAAGCAACAUAAUGUUGGUAAACAUAGGCAUGGAAAACAUCGCAGAGAUGAAAGAUAUUUUACAGAUUGUUGUUCAUUCCUUACUCCGCAUGAAACUGACGGGGAAAAGACCAAAGUGUAUAUUUGUCCACCAGAAUGUUGGAGAUGUGAGUGCACAUGAUCAGAAUCUGAGAGGCCGUCAGAAACUACUGGAACAGCUGGAUAAGAUGACAGAGGCUGCAGCAAAACUGGAGAAGGUGGAGGGAGUAACAUUCCAUGAUGUGAUGGACUAUGAUGCUGACAAGGACAACUGGUACAUCCCUGGCCUGUGGCAAGGUACACCCCCAAUGGCUGCCGUCAACACUGGCUACAGUGAACACGUCUUCCAACUGAAGAAAAGUCUCAUUCAAUGUUUACUCAAAGGGAAACCAGACCAAGGAGCUUUCACAAUCCCAGACUUUACCAAAUGGAUGACUGGCCUUUGGGAGCAGGUGAAACAUGAGAAUUUCAUUUUCAGCUUCCAGAACAGUCUGUUUGCAGAGGCUUACAACCACCUCUCUGUGAAGUACAAGGACUGGGAGUGGGAGCUCCGCAAAUUCACACACUCCUGGGGAAACGAGGCUGAAAACAGAGUAAACAAUGCCAAUGGUGACCUCAACCUACUGCUCCAAACACUGGAACGUGAGAUCAGGACGGAGAUUAACAAAAGGGAGGGUGAGACUCUGGAUAAACUAAAAGCUCUGUUUGAAAGUGGGGCUGAUAACGUGCAGCUGAUGGAGAAAUACAGGGAGGAAUUCAAGCUCAGUAUCUCCAGUUUAUGCAGACGGCUUCAGGAUGAUUCAAUGCAGAGAUGUAAGGAUGCCGUGAACAGACGUGUGGGACUGCAGGAAGUGGAUGCUAGUUGGAAUAAAUCUCACAAGAAGAUCGAACAACAAGUCAAGGAGCUUUUAUUAAAGUGUAAAGGGGCAAAUCAGGUGUUGGAUGACAAGGAACUGCAAGCUGCCUUUGGAAAGAUGUGGCAAGACACACUGUCACAGCUGGACUAUCAGCCCUGUAGAGAAAGAAACAUUGAACUGGAGAUUGAAAAUCUUCUCAGAGACAACACAGCAACUCAAGGGAGGGUGAUUAAUGAAAUGCUAAAAAGAAAACCUCUCUGUAAACAGGGAACUCAGUGCUUUCAAAUUGAAGGGAAACACAUCAAUGCAACAUGGAUGAGAUGUGUUAAAACAGGCAGUAUGUCCUCCAAACAAUCAGAUGUUAUUCAGGCAGCAAUGAUAACACAGUCCCUCGAGCUUGAAUGCCAUCAAUGGAUCUGUGACAUCACAAAAAUGGACAUGGAUUAUGACAAUAGAUAUUGUAUUGAACUUUUGAAUAUUAUACAGGACAAAAUUAACAAUAUUUCACACCCAAACUUCACAAUGAGUGAGGAAUUCAGGGCUGAGUUUAAACUUCACCUGUGUGGUUACGCUGUAUCAAGAUUCCAAGAGAUGCAGAUGAGGUUCAUCCAGAAACACGACCCGCGGCAAAGACUGGAAAACAUGAAGGGUCAAUACUAUGAUCUCUUCAUUGAUAUUUACACAGAGCAGGAUGAGAAUCAGAGACAAGCCGAACGGUUUGCACAAUCUUGUUUCUUGCCAGCUCUCAGAGACGCCACCCUCAAGGCUCUCAGUGUGAACAUCGUGGAUGAUAUGAAACAAAAUGACCCUGAGAGCAAGUACAGUCUCCGCAACAACUUCACUGUGGCCCUCCUGGUGCACUUGAAACAAAGGGAUACAUUUGAUAACUAUCACCGGUAUAUCACUGACCUUGAGAAUUUGGCCAAAGACUGGCUCCAUCACCAGGUUAUUGAACACUGCAAGACACAACGUGAUGGAGAGAGCAUGUUUACCCAUCUGGCUAAAGGAAUCCUCACACAGAUCACUGGGAAAGCUAAAGAGAUUGUUGAGGAUGCAGUGAUGCAGAGCUUCGCUGGAAAUGCUCAGAGCUUCCUGGACAUGUUUGUUGAAAAGUUAAAGACUAGGAUCUCAAUGCCCAAAGAUGAAAUGAAACUCGUUAUGUUUCACAGUGACAGUGAUGGCAAGAAAUGGGCAGAAGCAGUUCUGUCAUCUAUUGAAGAGGUGGAGCAGAGACUCCUCAGUGAGGUAACAGUCUGGGAUGUCCAAGCAAAGAUUGAAGAAUUAUCCAUUAAACCCAGGGAUGAGCUGUUCAAAGGGUUAUUCAAUUGUACCAAGAAAUGUCCUUUCUGUGGGGUUUUCUGUGAUUCAGAGACCGUAGUACACUCACAGCACUCUUGUAAGCAGCACAGACCUAAAGGACUCAAUAGCUAUCGCUUCAUAGAAAGUAAACAUCUUAUAACUGACGUCUGCACAGCUUCAGUCGCAGGUAACGGAUCGUUUAAAAAUAACGACACAAAUUGGGAAUUGAAACCCUACAAGGAUUACCAAACUGUCAAUGAUUACUACAAAUCCUGGAUCAUCCAACGGGAAAUUUCCGCACAGGCAGCAUCCUAUUGGAAGAAGGUUUUCUACACUUUCAAUAAGCAGUUUGCUGAAAAAUAUGGAGUAAAAUCUGCAGAGAUCGAUGAAGCCUGGAACAUUGACUGGGAUGUGGUGAGGGGAGAUCUGAAUAAGACGUAUAACACAAACAUCCAGUCUUGGUGAGGUGCCUCUACAUGACAUCACUCAGUUAGACGUAGAAAUAGUCUGCUUCCCUAUAAAGGAAAUGGCAGAGAAAAUCACUCAACAUUAAAAUUCUAAUCUGAUUAUAAAUCAUAAAACAAUUAGCAGAGCAUAGAGUUUCAACCAGUUGCUUAUUAAAAUUGCUUUUUCAGAAAUAACCAAAACGGUUGAGGGCAAAGCUGCAGACUUUGUCUGUAUGGACGUCAGGAAACCUUUGAUAAGAUUCUGCAUAGUGGCUGCUCAAGAAGGUUAGAUUGCAUGGAUCCAGGGAGAGCCAGCUGACUGGACAGAGAAUUGGCUUCAUGGAAGGAAGCAGAGGUGGUGGUGGAAUGUUGUUUUAUGGACCAGCGGCCUGUGACUAGUGAUGUGCCCCAGAGAUCUAUGCUAUUUGUGGUUUACAAGAACAUAGAACAGGACAACACAGGAACGGGCCCUUCAGCCCACAAUGUUUAUGCCAAACAUGGAACCUAGCUACACUGAUUUCAUCUGGCUCCAUAAUCCUCCAUUCCCUGCAAAUCCUUGUGCCUAUUUAACUGCUUCUUAAACAUCACUAUCGUAUCUGCCUCCACCAGCACCCCUGGCAAUAUGUUCCAGCUACUCACCACCCUCUGUGUAAAAAUAACUUGCCCCACAUCUCUAUUAUAUUUCCCCCUGUUGCCUUGUAGCUAUGCCCUCUGAGGUUGUACAUUUCCACAUAGACAUAGACAAUAAGUGCAGGUGUAGGCCAUUCAGCCCUUUGAGCCAGCACCGGUAUUCAAUGUGAUCAAUAUGAUUCUGACUGUCUACCCUAUCUAUGCCUCUCAUAAUUUUAUAUACACCCCUUCAACCUCCAAAAUUGCAGAGAAAACAACUGUAUAUUAAUGAUUUGGAUAAGAGGAUUGAAAGCUUUGUCGCCAAGUUUAUAGAUGAUGCUAAGAUAGGUGGAGCCCGGCAGUGUAGAGGAAGCAAGGACUCUGCAGAAGGACUUGGACAGGUUAGGAGAGUGGACACAGAAGUGGCAGAUGGAAUAUAGGGUAGCAAAGUGCGGAGCCAUGCAUUUUGGUAAUAAUAAAGGUGUGGAUUAUUUUCUAAAUAGACAAUAGGUGCAGGAGUAGGCCAUUUGGCUCUUCGAACCAGCACCGCCAUUCAAUGUGAUCAUGGCUGAUCAUCCCUAAUCAGUACCCCGUUCCUGCCUUCUCCCCAUAUCCCCUGACUCCGCUAUUUUUAAGAGCCCUAUCUAGCUCUCUCUUGAAAGCAUCCAGUGAACCUGCCUCCACCGCCCUCUGAGGCAGAGAAUUCCACAGACUCACCGCUGUCUGUGAGAAAAAGUGUUUUCUCGUCUCCGUUCUAAAUGGCUUACUCCUUAUUCUUAAACUGUGGCCCCUGGUUCUGGACUCCCCCAACAUCGGGAACAUGUUUCCUGCCUCUAGCGUGUCCAAGCCUUUAACAAUAUUUGUUUAACAAUAUGUCAAAAUUAAGAAUAAAGAGACAGAAUAAUCUGGUUAGAAUAAAGUCACCAGAGGCAAUUACAGCUUUUAAGACAGAACUCUUGAAUUGGCAAGAAGUUUCAGAUGAUAUUAAUGAAUCAUAUGAAACAUUUUUAGAGACAUUCUUGACAAUUUAUGACCGACAUUGUCCAUUGAAAGAGUAGACACAAUUCCAAAAAGAGGGUGAUACUAUAGUUAACAAACGGUUUGGAAAAAGCUUGUAAAAAGAAAAAUAGGCUUCAUCGGGAAUUUAUUAAAUAUUGAACAAAGGAAAAAGACAAAAGUACAAAAAAUAUAAUAACAGACUGACAUUAAUUAUGAGAUCACAAAAAAAAGAUUAUUAUAAUCAAAUGUUGCAAAAACAUAAAAAAUAAUAUUAAGGCUAUUUGGAGUGUACUUAAUGAUAUAAUUAAAAAUAGUAGUAAAAUGGAUUUUCCAACAUAUUUUGUGACAAAUGAUAAUUCAAUUAUGAAAAUACAGAGGACAUUGCUAAUGAGUUGUAUCGAUUUUGUUGUUAAUGUAGGCCCAAAAUUUGGCAAAGGACAUUAACCUUCCUGGAGAUGAAAACAUACAUUUUGAUGUUAACAACAGCAAUUAAAUGUUCCUUGUUGGAGUUUUUGAGGGUGAUGUGUUAGAAGUAGUCAGAAAGUUUAAGGAUAAAAAAUCAACUGAUGGUAACACCAUUGAUAGGUCACAUAAAAAAAGUAAUUGAUUGUGUCCUCGAGCCCUUUACCUAUAUCUAUAUU